GAUGUGAUCCUAUUUUUGAAAGUUGUAACCGUUCGAUGGCUGAGACAAUGGUCAUCAUGCAACUUAUUAAAGUUAUGUUGAUGGAGUUGUUGGUCAAACGAUUGGUCAGAGAAAGGAAAAGUGUGUUGGUUUUUUCCGGCGUGAGGGGGCACGCGAGUCCCCGCCGCAGCGACUCCAGACGUAUAUAAACUUUAAACGCCAGCUUCACCGUAUCAGUUGCUCAGUUGCCUCUUUCCAGUGGGUGCUCUCACCAACACAACAGUCUUAGUGCUUCAACCGCUGCGGACCACCGCAUGGGGAUACCAGCUACAGCUGCAACAAACAUGAUUCUUCCCCUUUUUCUAGGCUUAUUUGUCGGCCUUUGUGUCGCUGACAAUGAGGCUGCACCAAGCGAGAAUGUGCUGGUGCCUUUGGUUCCCGUUGAACUAGAACCUGCAGCGGCACCCGCUCACGCAGUCUACCACUUAGUAAAUGAGGCAGCCGAUGCUGCAGCUAACCUAGAUAAUGUAGAAAAUGACAGCAAAGGUGCUGGCUCAGUGACGCACCAUCACUACCACUCUGGUCAUGUAGACCACAUACACAAGCAUGAAGGUCAUGCGGGCCAUCACCACAAGCAUCACGGUCAUGCUGAGCACGGUCACAAGCAUCACGGACACGCCGAGCAUGGACACAAGCAUCACGGACAUGCACACCACGCACACAAGCAUCAUGGACACGCUGAGCAUGGACACAAGCAUCACGGACAUGCCGAUCAUGGUCACAAGCACGAAGGUCACUUUGGACAUGGACACAAGCAUCACGGACACGCCGAGCAUGGACACAAGCAUCACGGACAUGCUGAGCAUGGACACAAGCACCAUGGACACGCCGACCAUCAACACAAGCAUCACGGACAUGCAUCACAUGGACACAAGCACCACGGACAUGCCGAACAUGGACAUAAGCAUCAUGGACAUGCCGAGCACGGUCAUCAUCACGGAGGACACUUUGGCCAUGGACACAAGCACGGUGGACACUUUGGUCACGGACACAAGCAUCACGGACAUGCCGAACACGGACACAAGCAUCACGGACAUGCUGAGCACGGACACAAGCACCAUGGACAUGCUGAACACGGACACAAGCAUGAGGGUCACUUCGGUCAUGGACACAAACACCACGGACAUGCUGAGCACGGACACAAGCACCACGGACAUUUCGGUCAUGGCCACAAGCACCACGGACAUGCCGAACAUGGACACAAGCACCACGGACAUUUCGGUCAUGGACACAAGCAUCACGGACAUGCCGAACAUGGACACAAGCACCACGGACAUGCCGAGCACGGACACAAGCAUCACGGACACUUUGGUCACGGACACAAACACGGUGGACACGCUGACCAUGGUCACGCUCAUCACACUCCUGACGAUCAUGGUGCAGGUCACGACGCAGCCCAGAACGAAGGGCUUGGCGCAUUCUACUCGGCCGGAGACGACCGCGCAUAUGACAGCCUGCUGACGGUGGGAGGAGCGGGAGCGGCAACGGGAGCGGGAGCACCGGCGGCAGCCGACAGCGGAGAGACUUUCCAGAUCCCCGAGCUCGAAGGCCUCGCAAUCUACGAGCCAUAAACGCUAAGCCAACAUGCUUAGACGCUCCACAUCAAAAUUAUUUUACGUUGUACAAUAAGCUAUUCUCCGCCGAGCGACCAAGUCGAUCAACGAAGUCGCGGGGAACUGCUGGGCGAUCUAGUUACCAAAAAUCAUGUUACGAAGGUAUGAGGAAUAUCUGAAGAGUAUUAUUGUUAUUGCCAAUUGAUGAUGUUACCGCUCCGGCCGAUGACUGAUCAAGAAUGCCAUCUUGAAACAUUUCCAUGUGCACGGCGUCUGUGUUGCUCUUGUUGACUAAUUCUACGACUAUAUUUAUAAUUUAUACACGAUAAGGUGAAUCACAUUACAAUCAUAUCACCAACAGGCAUCAAUAUCUGCACACAACCAAUACGAUAUGUGAUUCUAGUACUGCCGUAUCUUUUUUAUUGUUUUAUAUUGUUUUGUUAUUGAUAAUAUCCACCAUGAAAUAAACGUAUUCAUUCAUAUAUUUUA